GUCUAAUCGCUAAAGAGAAAUGUAGGCAGAGAUGCGAUAUGAAUAUUUAUAACAUCCAUAGACAGUGGAAACCUCUACUGUUAGUAUCUGAAAGUAUAUAUAUGACCAUCUCCUCCAAGUUUCUUGACAACUUCAUUUCUGCAAAGUCUAUAUGGCCAAGUUGUUCAAUUUCAUCAUCAUUCUCGCUUGUUCCCUUCUACUAAUCACUGCAAACUGCAAGAAGUUUUCAAGAAAGCCAAAGAAUCACCCAAAAUAUAAUUUCAGAAGACAAAAGCUUAGCCACCUUCACUUCUACUUUCAUGACAGAGUAACAGGCAAAGAUCCCACUGCUUUCGAAGUGGCUUCCGCCUCUGUGACAAAGAAAUCAGCAACUUACUUUGGUUCAGUCGCGGUGAUGGAUGAUCCUCUGACGGUUGGACCCAACCCAAGGUCGAAAGAAGUUGGAAGAGCACAAGGAAUCUACUCAGCUGCCUCUAGAAAUGAAAUAGGUCUUCUGAUGGUUAUGAACUAUGUAUUUACACAAGGCAAGUUCAAUGGAAGUACUAUUAGUGUACUAGGCCGAAACGCUGUGCUUUCAGCCAUUAGGGAAAUGCCGAUUGUUGGAGGGAGUGGAGUAUUCCGCUUUGCUCAUGGCUAUGCUCAAGCCAAAACUCACACUUUUGAUUUGAAAACUGGAGAUGCUGUUGUUGAAUACAAUGUUUAUGUGUUCCACUACUAAGUAACUCAUAAAUGUAUGUUAAAUAAUAAGUCUUUGCGACAUCAAAUUUGCUUGUAAA